UCGUCAGAAACGGACGUGCGUCGUGGCGAAAAUAUAAAUUAUACUUGUGGAAAAUCGCAGCGGAGCGUGGCGGCGUGCGUAAAAGUCUCCGGGAUUUCCCCUUCGUUUUCCGCAGAAUAACUAAAUAAAAUCAAUGCAGCAAGUGCGAAUGGUAGUCCCCCAAGUAACUCAUUAAAACAACUGGCGCAGACAUGUUGAAUACGCACUUUAGCAAACACGAGGCACAACUGGGCAAACAUAAUUAAUGGCGUCGCUGUGAAGUGUGUGCGUGUUUUAAAAUAAAAACCAAAAUUAAUUGCAUUUCGAGCAUUUUUAAAUACGCAUCGAGUGCCAUUGUCAAUCGGCUGGAUUUUCUGUGGUUUCACUGGGCGAGUAUAAACAACAGAACUCUGAACUUAAGUGAAGUGUUGUGAGUGUGGCCAGCGUUACGGUGGGUCGCUUGUUGUGCGCGCAAUUUCCGGUUUCCGUUUCCGCCGGAGCAACGUCCGUGUCCGGCCGACUAGGCGCAACAUUAAUUUGCCAACGCCAAAAGAGUAAUCACAGCUCAUACAAAAAAAGAACUGGGUUUAUUGGCCGAAAGAUAAACAAGACAGAAAAGUGCUAAAUUUCCGUGUAAAGAGCAGAGUUAAGCUCAAAAAAAAAUUAUCAAAAUAAUUGAAUACGAAAACAAAGAAAAGACUUGAAAAAGUGUUACCUACUUAACAGGUGAGUGAUUAAUGCGAUGACAGUUGGAUUUUGUUGUCAUAUCGAUUGAUGUUAGUAAGAAUUGUUCAGGCAUAUGUUAAGGUAUUCCUCUACAAAUAGUACACAUGUGCCAACCUGAAAGCUGAGCGGUUUCGGACGGAAAAAAGCCGAAGUCGAAUAGGAAAAUCCAUACCAACGAAUUCCUGGAUAAGUGAUGAAGUCAUGAGACCGACAUUCGAUCGACGCCUCUGGAUAUUAUUGUUCAUUAUUUCAGUACAAUGUACCACCUACACACAGCCACAGAAUAUCAACGCCAAGUCAGUGCAGAAGACAAAGCCCGCCGAGCGUCGAGAAGCCAGCAGCAGGAGCAGCAGCUCCAUCAGCAGCAGCAGUCUCAGUUGGCCGAGCAUAUCAGCCGAGUCGCUCGACCAGCCAGUUGACCACCGCGGCAUUGGCGAGGCUAAGCCGACGAAAUGCGCCAAGAACUGCCAGAAGGCCAAGGCCAAGUGGCGGGCGGUGUUGAAGCCACACCACCAGGCCCACCGAGCCGCUCUCCACAAGGAGGCGAGGCGAAGGCAGCGCCGCGAAACGGAGGAGGAUGUGCUGGACCCCGUUUUGCGUUCCAGCUCGACGAGCACCUCCACGGCGGUGGCCACCACAGUCCAGGUGGCCACCAGCUCCAGUUCCCUGGCCACCAGGAGUUCGCUCGCUAACGAAACGAAGGCCAAGCGACCGCGUUCCACGCUCCAUUUGGCACCCGAGGACUUGCAGCCCAAGCCAAAGGAGCCGGUGAUCAUCAUUGAUGAUGUCGAGGAGUUCGACAGUGGCACCAGCACCAGUGACUUAAUCGCGCGGAAGAGCCGCGAGGAGGCGGAAGAGGACGAGGACGAAGGUCCUCUGGAGCCGCGAGUCCUUCCCCUGCGUCCCGUGCCACCGAAUCCUUACGAGGCGGAGGAGAUGUCCGUGGUGUACGCCGAGCAGCACUCGGAGAUAAAGCUGAUGUGCGAGGUCGAUCUGGACAUUGCCACCAGCAUGUGGUACAAGAACGGCCAGGUGGUCCACGCCAUGGACCGCACCACCCGCGUCACCGACUACCGCUUCAUCAAGGAGGCCAAUGGGGCACUAACCAUCACCAACGUGAUGCUCGAGGACGACGGCAAGUGGCAGUGCGAGGCGGAGAACACGCGCCGCUACACGGAGAACGCCCGUCCCGUCAAGCUGGUCGUCCUGGAUCGUCCAAAGCCUCCGUAUCUCCUGAUUGAUUCGCGGCGCCUGGACGCCAGCAACCUGUUCGUGCCCGUGAAGGAGAACUCCGAGCUGAACCUGGCCUGCGUGAGCGAAGGAGGGAAUCCGCGACCCACGCUCACCUGGGAGGUGCUCCUCAGUCCCGGCGUGGACAGACAUGCCCAGAAGGUGUCCGCCGAAGUGCUGGAGCUGGAGGAGAUCAAGGGCGAGAAGCUGGACAAGGAUGGCUACAGGAUCAACAGCGGGGCGAAGAGCGAGGCUCGAUUGCCGGCGGUCUACAGGGCUCAUCACAACGCUCGAAUCCUGUGCGUCAUGGAGCAUCCCACGCUGAAAAUCCGUCAGAACGCCUCUCUUCUCCUGGAUGUGCAAUACACGCCCUCCUUCGCCAUUUCCCGCACACCUGGCUUCGGUUAUCCACUCCGCGAGGGCAUCGAAGUUAGCCUCAAGUGCGACGUCGACUCCAAUCCUCCGAGCACUCCGCGCUGGCAGAAGGACGACGGUGACACGCCGGUGCCGCAAACGGGCGACGGCUUCCUCAACUUCACCUCGAUAAGGCGGGAGCACUCCGGCUGGUACAAGUGCACGUCCCGGCACCUCAACUUCCAGUAUUCCUCGAUUGGCUAUUACCUCAGCGUGCGAUACGAUUCGGUGGAUGUGACCUCGGAGCCGGAUGAUCAGGAUGUUUCCGUGGCAGCUGCCUCGCACAACCCCAACAAGGGGCAGCUGGAAGUGCAGCUGGGCGGCGCGGUAACCCUCCAGUGUCCUCAAGGUUCCCUCGGCUGCUGGUCGCACUUGGACCCCAUUUCGGCCCGGUUGCGUGGCCUUGGCUACGGCAGCAGCCAACCCACCGGCCAGUUCUCGCUGAAGGACGUCAUGUACCAGGAUGCCGGCAUGUACAAGUGCGUGGGCCAAUCGCCGACCAACAAGAAGAAGCUCGAGGUCCUGCAGAGCGUCACGGUCUCAGUGAAGGGUGCUCCCACAGUGAUGGCUCUGAACUCCACACCUAUUGCCUAUCCGGGAUCUCCGCUGCACCUGAACGUGGAGUUCUGCGCCAAUCCGCCGGCUCAUGCCGCCCGCUGGUUGCACGGAGAUCGGGUCUUCACGCCGGGAAAUCAAUAUGGCAGCACGGUGCUGGCCUACGCAGUGAAGGACCUGCCCACGCCGUUCUGCAAGGAGGCGCGGCUGACCUACGUCAGUAUGCACGAAAGGGUGCCAAGGACCUUCUACUUCAUUGUUUCGACGCCAGGUGGCGUUGCCGAGGCGGUCUUCAAUGUGAACUUCACCAAGCGCCAUCGGCAGCUGUCCAAUUCCAUCGACGACGACGACGAGGAGGAGGAGCUCAAUCGGCCGGAGCAGAUCCACUUUCCCGUCUUCAACGGCAGUCCCGCCGAGGGGCGUGGCUGGUGGGCGGUGGUUUCCAGCCUGGUGGUUUUAGCCAUGGCAAUUAGAAAGAGCCAUUAGAUUAAGGUCAGAUCGUGUGAGAGUGAGAGUUGCGUGAAUGAUUUCUAUGGGAGUGAGUGACGCGUUUAUUACACCGAAUGUUCUAUGUAACCUAACCCCCUAUGGCUAAGCAUAUGUAUGGAUUUACCCAAUUACUCGACAUUACCACGUGGACUAUGCUACACACCUACUACUCUAUAUAGCAAUAUGUAUGUGUAUCUGUAACCGAUUUAGCCAAGCAUCAAAAUUGCCCUAGGCUAAGACCCCAGGCCCAUCAGUAUCCCUAAAAAAAACGUAAAGAAAACACUCUUCUAGAAGCCCCAAAAAAGGUAUCGACUCUUUAACCCUAAGCUACUCGAAUAUUUUUACUGUAACCCCUAGCUGUAGCUGUAAUGGUAACUGUAACCCUAUCGCUGUAUGUCAAUGUGUAUGAGUGUGCGCUUAACUUAAAUGCCAAAGCCAAACAGAAAAUCGUAAGGAAAGUUUACAAUUCUUUGGAAAAAAACAUUGUUAAAAAGUUGAUUAUUACGAGUACUUUAAGUUCCUUUUCGAUGGAGAAGAUCGAUCGAGAAAGCGACUGAUUUUGUUAAAUAUUUUGAAAAUGUUUAGAACUAAAAGCACGAGGAGAAGAACCUAUAGUUUAAAAUUGUAAAUGAAGAAUCGAAAGACGAAGUAAUACUUACCAGGCACGAACAAAUUCCUUCCAUUUGAAAAGUUUGCCCCAGAGCAAAGAAACUGUAAGAUAUUUUGGGAAAUGAAAUUAAGCGAAUGAUCAAAAGAGUUUUAACCUAAACGAAUUGGGUUCCAUUAAGCAUUAAAUCUCACCUUAUAGUUUCCUAUGAUUUUCCAAUCGUUUGAAAGGACCAAAAACGAAUCGUUUCCAUUUACUACGAAUAUUUUUAUAACUCAAGCGUAACAUAAUUAUAGCCCAAAAACAAAUGAGAGACCCUCCACAUAAGCGAUAAUUGUAUAUAAAUGUUCAAGUAGAGAAUUGCUCAACCCAAAGGAUAAAAUCGAAAAUAAAAAAGUAUAAUAUAACAAGUGUUAAAUGUUGUUUGAAAGCAAAAAAGGCGAUUAAAAUAUCAUAUGUAGCGGUUCCACGAGUAAAUUAAACAAUAAUGUAUGUAAUAUAUCAGACCACAGACACUUAAAGUUUGAUUACCAACUAUUGUAUGAUAUUUCAGUUUAUGGAUCAGCAAAGAGUCGGCGAAAUCGCUUGCUUGCCACAGAAUUUUUGUACAAAGCCCAAGCUUUUGUAAUUUAUUUCUUAGUCGAUCUAAGCUUCAGAUUAUUCUAUAUCCCUAUGCGCAAUACGUAUAAAUAUAUAUAUCGUUAGGCUAAGAGAUCAGUGUAAAAACCAGAAAUACUUAGAAGAACCUAACGCCAAUUUAAGCUACAGCAGAAUUACAUUUGCAUUUGCCGAGUUCCAAGAAUUCUGGCAAAGGGCAGAUGGCAUUGUAAAACGAUAUGUUUAAAUUGAGGUUUAAUUAACCAUUAAUAAGAAUAUACAUGUAUUGAAAGGGUGUGUUCGCAGGCAUACCUGUAUGUGUGUACCCUAUGUAUAGUUGAGUUUAGUGAUUUUGCUCCUUGGGUUUAUUGUCAGCAAAAAAUUGCGAAUUGUAUGAACAAAGCAAGCAAACAAACACGUCGUCAUGUUAACUAACAAAUAAAUUACUAAGCCAGUGAAUGGUCAGUGCGUACUGUAUUUAUGAUUCAUUGUGUUGGUAAUAUUUACGAAAUAUUAUUUAUAACGAAGCCAACAAACAACAAAGAAACAAACAAACAAACAUAUAUUACUAAUGAAAGUACUAGAUCCUAAGUGCAACGCAAACCGAAUGUGGCAAAUUAAUUUUAAACCAAUGAGUAAUUACGAUACGAGAGACAGAAUGUUCAUCUGUAGUGCAAAAUGUUUGGGAGUAGGGACACUAAUAACCCAUACAAUUACAAUUACGAUUACAAAUACAAAUACAAAUACAAAUACGAAAUACAACAAUACGUGUUACAAUAAGCAGAAACGGUUUACUUAUAUAAGUCAUAGGCCCAAGAGAAAUGUAAGCAACCACCACCAACAAACAACAAACAACAACAACAACAAGAACGACAACAACCACAAGAAAACACUUUUAGCCCUAAACGAAGCCUCGGAGAUGGCCAGAAACUUCGGCCAGGGAGCGGAUAUGGCCCAAAGCCGACAAAACAGAAUCAAAAACUAACUCUUAAGCGACCCCGCUCACUGCCCCAAACGCAAUGCAAUAACUCCGAAUUCUUGGCAAAGGGUCGGGCCAUCCGGCCAACAAACUGUUACAUUUAAGCCAACAACGCAGGGCAAUUGGCCAGGUGAAGUGGGGCGGGGAGAGGUCAGGUCAGAACAGAAGAGGGCAGGGCAGCCUGCCGAGAAAAUUUACAAGUUUAAGUGACAAAGCAACAAAACAAAAUAGCCAAUUUAGCAUAAAGUAAAACACAAGCCGAGAAGAAUGCAAAUAAAAAUGCAGAUAAAAAUGAAAAGCGAGCGGAGCGGCGAACAGAAACCAAACAAAACAAAAACACCGUACACACAACACACAGAAAUGAAA